UACAACAACUCAUAUUUCUGCAGCGAAGAUGGAAUCUGAAGCCUCCCAUCAACAACUAAAACGGAACAAACUCAUUAACAAUUCUCAACUUUCACCAACUUUGCCACUGGAACUCGUCACUGAAAUCCUCUCGAGGCUUCCGAUAAAAACCCUCUUGAAAUUCAAGUGUGUUUCAAAAUCUUGGCUUGCUUUGAUCUCUAGCCCUGAAUUUGUCAAAUUUCAUCUCAGCUUAAACACUAAUAACAAGGAAUACACACAUCAUAAGUUUCUGAUGAAUUGUCGUCCUUCAUACAAUUUUAAAGAUUGCAGUUAUAAGGUUCUGAUGAAUUAUCAUCCUACAUACAAUUUUAAAGAUUGCAGUCUUAGCUCUUUAUAUAACGAGUCUUCAACCGAAGCAAAAGAGUUGGAUUAUCCCAUGAAAUCCUAUUCAAUGCACAGACGAGUUCCAUAUGGUGAUUCUAUUGUAGGUUCUGCCAAUGGAUUGAUUUGUCUCGUCAUUGGGAAGACGAAAUUUUUUCUAUGGAAUCCAUCAAUUAGGAAGUACCAGCAAUUGCCUGAUCCUAAAACUUCUGUGAGAUGUUUCCCCAGGAGAGCUUAUGGUUUUGGAUAUGAUGAGUUUCAUGAUUACACUCCCAGGGGACCAUAUGGUUUUGGAUAUGAUGAGUUCCAUGAUGAUUACAAGGUAGUGUGUUUUUCCAAUGAUGUCCUACAUGAUGAUGGGUCAUGUGAACUUGAGGUUAAAAUAUAUAGUCUGAAGAGUGAUUCUUGGAGACGUGUUGAUGAUUGCCCAUGUCCGAUGCAACAAUAUUUUUCAGGUACAUUUUUGAAUGGGAAACUUCAUUUGGGGUACUCUUAUUGACAAAUCACGUUUGAAUACUACUAAUAAACGGCUUAUGAUACCGAAAAUCAUUUCUAUUGAUUUGGCUAAUGAGAAAUGGGGAGAGAUGGAGCAACCUUGCGACCAAACAGGACAUAUUAAUUUGGAGUUGGGAGUAUUAGGAAACGAUCUUUCAGUCUCUUGUAAUUGUAGCCACACUCAUCUAGAUUUUUGGGUUAUGAAGGAGUAUGGGGUUAAAGA